AUGAAAGAAGUUCGCUGUCGAACAUUUUCACAUUGGUCUCAUCAGAAAGUACUAUCUCGAACACAAAUGAUUUCGGCUGGAUUUUUUUAUUGUAAUUUUGGUGAUCGUGUCAUUUGUUUAUAUUGUAAUUUAAUUUGUCAACAAUGGACACCACAUACUGAUGAUCCAGAGGAAGUACAUCAAACUCUUUCAUCUUUAUGUCCAUAUGUUUUAUUUAUUUUAAAAACUCGUCAAAUAUCAACUGCAUCAAUUAUUAAUGAUAGUUCGAAUAAUCGAACAUUAAAAUCUAAUCGAUUGCGAUUUAAUGAAAUAGUUCAAGCAUCAGCAUUUCAUCGAGCCUAUGUUGAAAUUUCAAAACGUCAAUCAUCAUUUAAUUCUUGGCCUCAAGAAGACUUACCUUCUGUAGAUGAUCUUGUUCGAGCAGGAUUUUUUUUAUACUGGCUCAAAAACAAUUAUAAUCCAUUGAUUGAACAUGUACGUUGGUUUCCACUUUGUCCCUAUGUUAAACAAUUAUGUGAUGAUGAACUAUAUCGAAAAAUUCAAGAAUCAAAACGAAUUCAUCAAGAACGUGUUGAAAUAAAUCAAAUAGAGAGAAAUGGAAAUUUUUCCAAUGAUCAUCGAAUGAAAAAUUCUCAACUAAUGAUUCCUGAUGAGAACACAUUGUCACGAUUUGUUGCUGCUCGACUCGAUUUGCCUAUUUCACAAAGUUUACUCAAUCGAAAUUUCAAAUUAUCAGUUAUCAAACGUUGUUGGGAGGAUCAACUAAGAUUAAAACAAAAUGAUUUUGCUACUGAUUGUGAUUUAUUAAUUGCUUGUAUUAUUCUUCAAAAACAAAUCGAUCAUAUCAAUGGUCGUCAAGAAAACAUUAUUUGUACCGAGUAUCAAGAUGAAAAUGAUUCGUGA